CGACUUCCAGCUCCUGCUCGUCUCCCCCGCCAUCUCUUUCAGAAUGGUGACCACGCAGGAAUCAACUCGCUCGAUCUUUCCCAAGGCGAAUAGCUUCUCUCUAGAGGAGUUCUCGAGUACGGACUUCAUCGUCAAGGACUUUAUAGAGGGGCUCACCGACAGCAGCAUUCCCGCUAGCCGUCGCUCGGGACUCGGGAACAAUGCCUUCGACCCGAAGCCGUACAUCCGCACCUUCGAGGCAGCGCUGGACCGGUUCAAAGAGCUCGACGAGACGCUCUCCGAGAAGGAGUCGGAGCUGAAGGAGGGCGUGCGACGCGCCGAGAUCGAGCACACGCGCACGCUGGAUCGCCUGGGCGAGAAGUUCAACACCACGCUUGCGGAGUUCCAUCGGCUCGACAGUAGCAUCACCGACGGUGGGGGCGUCGCGGUGCGGAUCGGUGGGCAGUUGGAGCAGCUCGACAAACAGCGGCAGAGAGCCGAGGACGCUAGGUUCCUCAUUCAAUGCUUUACCGAGUUCAAUAGAGGCGACACCGGACGACUCGAGAGGCUGCGCAGAACGGGGAGGAUCGAGGAUAGUAUAAGGUGUGCGGUUGUUAGUAGACAGCUCAGUUUGAUCGUGAAGAGGAACGAAGGCGGCGCAGGGCAAAAUGCGAGGACUAAAAAUAUGAUUGAAGCGUUCUCCGAGAGCCUGGAGCAAGAUCUGCUAAGGCAGUUUGAUGAUGCGUAUCGAAGGUUCAAGAUAGAGGCUAUGAAGGGGUGUGCCAAAGUGUUGCAUGAUUUCAACGGCGGUGCGUCGGUCGUCAGCAACUUUUUGAACCAAAUGGACUUCUUCAUCGCGACGGGGAAGAUCAAUGCUGGCGAAGUGACCAUCGAGCAGACCAUAGAGGAGAAGCUCUCCGAUCCAGAUGAAAGUCCGCCGGGCCUCGAACCGAGUCUGCUGUCUCUGAUCAGUGAGAUCCGAGAUGUCCUCAAGGUCGAGUCCAAGACCAUCAAGGAGGUCUUUCCGUAUCCCGAGCAGGUACUGGGCACGUUCCUUCAACGCGUGUUCCAGCAGUCGCUGCAGCAGAGGCUCGAGAUGGUCCUUGACAAGACGGCGACGCUGUCACCACUUGCUUUCCUACGGACCCUCCAAGCCUCGCGAGCUUCAGUAAUCACACUGGCCGAGGAUCUGAAGGCUCAUGGGUUGACGGAACACCCAGGACCAUUGUCGGCAUCCACCACUAUGGUUGUCGACCAGAAUGUCGAGGAGCUGUUCGUUCCAUACUUGCAGGACCGCGGGUACAUGGAGAAGGAAAAGGAUAAUCUGGAGCAGCUAUACAGCGGACUCCUCCUAAAAUUCAGCAUCUUCCACGACCAACGGAAGAAGAACCAAAACCUGGGUGUCUUUGACCGACUGAAGAAAUCUCGAGAGCGUGCGAUCGAAAAAGUGCUUGAGAGUGACCUUGCAAAGACUCAGAAUGGUGCACUGAGCCGGAUCAUCGGCCUCGAUCGGAGGUCGGGCGGUGAUGCACACUUGUCGGAUGUGGUCGUUUCGGAAGUGGAUGGCCAGCUGAAUGUUGACUUCUCGAAACGUAUGUUGAAGUGGCUUGCUGAAGCAGUCGGACGAAGUAUUGAGUUGAGCUCGGCGGCGGAUACUCCAAAGGAUGUUUCAGCCCUGUUGAAUAUCCUCAUUGAACAUAUGCGUACUAUGUACAUAGACGUGGCUUUGGAUGCGGCAAUGGACGUCGCUGAGCAACAAACUAAAGCCGAGCCAGAUCUCACAUACGUCCUUGAGAUCAAGCCAGCAACCAAGAUCAUGCAUCUGAUGUUCUCAUUCAUCAAUACAGCUCUAAUACCGCUCUCGCAAACCUCCUUAACCGCACGCCGGGAGAUGGUCAAGUUCUCUAACACCACCCUCACCAGCUUAGAGCAGAAGAUCAACAACAUAAUUCAGAAAACCAUUGACCUCGUAAUCGCCUACACCGGCUCCCUCCUCGCCAAACAAAAGAAGCAAGACUACCGCCCCAAAGACGACGAAGUCAGCUUGACGACGCUCCAAACUCCCACAUGCCUCAGCGUUUGUGCGUUCAUUACCAAAGUCCACGCCGUUGCCAUCGAAGCCCUCGACGGCGCGAACCUCGACGGCUUCCUAUCCGAGAUCGGGGCGGGACUCCGCGGCUUCCUGCUGGAGCACCUCAAGAAGUUCCAGGUAAACCAGGCGGGUGCCAUCAUGCUGUCCAAGGAUAUUGCCAAGUAUAGGGAUCUUGUCGAUAGAUGGGGGGUUGCGAGCUUGAAAGAUGGGUUUGAGCUGUUGCAUGAGAUUGGAAAUCUCUUCGUCGUUGGACCCGCUGCUCUGAAAGAUAGAAUGCGUGAUGGCGUACUGGCGAGAGUCAAGCCGGGGAUUUUGAGGCCGUACCUCGUCAAGCGGGAUGAUUACAUCGCCGUUGGUAUCGAGAAAAUCCUCAUGAGCGAUUGAGACGAAUUACCCCAUUACCCCGUUACCCCCGUUACGUUACGUCCUAGCCUAGAUAUGGUAGAAUAAUACAAGUCCGAAGUUUUA